UCACACACACAAGCUAGAGAAUAACAAAAUAAAAUAAUAGUAUGCAUUCAGUCAAAGAGAAAGUUAGCAAUGCAGCAAGUGCUGCCAAAGCCCAUGUUGAAUCUUACAAAGCCAAGAUGGAAGAAAAGGCAGAGAAAGCAACAGCAAGAACAGAGGAAGAAAAAGAGAUAGCACAUCAAAGGAGGAAAGCCAAGGAAGCCGAGGCCAAGAUGAACUUGCACGUUGAAAAAGCCGAACAUGCUGCUGAGAAGCUACAUGGGAAACAUCAUGUUCUUGGCCAUGAUGUUUAUGGUGGACAAACGACUGUUGGUGCGGGGACAACGGCGGUUCCUGGGACCGUGCAUCCCCACCAACAGCCUCUUGGAGCGGUGAACCCUGUUACCGGGACCACCGUUCCAACUUACCCUCUCGGAGGACACCUUCAUGGACCUGGGAAACACCUUUAGUUUAGUGUACUUUAGUUAUUUUAGUGUUUUGUGGUAUUGUGUAUGGUUUCCUGUUUUUAGGCAUGUGCUAUCAGAAUAAGCUAUUAUUGACUUCCUUUUUCUUCCUAACCACAUCAUCCUUUAUAUAUAACGAAAAUUUCAAUGAGAGUAAAUUAGAAA